GGAGGGGAGAGGAGAGAGGGAAGGACGUCACGAGCAUGCUGUUUCAGAAGCAGGUCAUGGCUGCCAAUGACAGAAUGCUGCCUCAACAAUUCACCAUGUUGGUCAAGGAUUGCAGCUUGCACCCGCAGGAAUGCUUUCAACAGCCGUUUUCGCGUGGUAUGCUAUCGCCGCAGAGCCCACUGCGACAUCCUGUUUUGAUUUAACUUGUUCUCACCUUUGCGUGUUUUUCAUUGAACAUCUUUUUGUGCUUU